UAUGAGAAAAUUUUAAAACGAAACAAUUUGGGAUCCCGUCUUUUCUUCUCUCUCCGUCACUCUCACCUCUUCUCCGCCGACAUCGCAACGGUUCGCCGGAGCAUUACGGCGGCGCCACUAACGUCUCAAAACUCACUCCGUUUACUCGCCUGCUUUACUUCCACCGCUUUUAAUUAACAGUGAAGUCGCCGUCUUUUGUAUUCAGUUUACCGUUGUUUUCGGAUUAAUCAACACAAGGAAUUCAAGAUGAUCGGAUCUUUUCUCACCAGAGGGCUUGUGAUGGUUUUUGGUUAUGCUUAUCCAGCUUAUGAGUGCUUUAAAACUGUGGAAAUGAACAAACCUGAUAUUCAGCAACUGCGCUUUUGGUGCCAAUAUUGGAUCUUAGUUGCUAUGUUGACAGUUUGUGAGAGGUUUGGUGAUGCUUUUAUUUCGUGGGUUCCAAUGUACAGUGAAGCUAAGCUGGCAUUCUUCAUUUACUUGUGGUGCCCCAAAACUAAGGGAACUACAUAUGUUUAUGAUGCCUUUUUUAAACCGGUGAUUUUAAAGCAUGAGACGGAGAUUGAUCGAAAUUUGUUGGAGUUGAGGACCAGAGCAGGAGAUAUGUUAGUUUUAUACUGGCAGAAAGUGGCUAGCUAUGGUCAGACGAGGAUUUAUGACAUUUUGCAGUACAUAGCUUCGCAGUCAAAUCCACCUCCCCCAACUCAGCCACAAAGGCAAAGCAGUAGAGGUCGUCAACCCACAGCAACACUGAAUCGCAGAUCAACUGCUCCAGCUGAUGAACAAGCAUCCCCAGCGUCCUCUGAAUCGUCCAGUGAGAAUGAGGCAGAUGCAAUAGAAGACGCGGAGUCAUCUAAAGCUCCUCCACCAUCUUCCAUUGCAGCUGCUUCUCUGAACGCGCAAAAAGCAACUCCAUCCAAAACCCUGGUUUCGACUGCAGCUGCUUCUCUGAACGCACAAAAAACAACUCCAUCCAAAGCCCUUGCUGAAACGACAAAAUCUUCAGCAUCUGUUGAUACUCAAGUAAUGCAGAUCGAUUCAGUGCCUUCCUCAGCUAAUGAAAGUGUUAUUAACCCUCCUCCUGCCGAGACAAACUUGGAGGAAGCGAGUCGAGUAACACGUGCCAGAUCAAGGAAGACAAGGGCACAAAACCCUUGAUUUGUGACAUCAAGUACUUCCACAUGUUAUUCCAAAAAUGUGGUUUAAAUACGUGGUGUAAAAGGAAUUGUUCUAGGUUAGUGAGUUCAAUGUACAUCUGGCAAAUCUUAUUUCAUUCAUUACUUAAGUUGUCCAUGAUUUUUUAGCAUGGAUUGAAAAAUAUAAGGCUUGAGUGGGUAGGACUGCUAGAUGAAAUUACCUUUCAUUAUCAAAUAUCCAAAUUAAGGUACUUAUGUUUGUGCUCAGCCA